UUCUACACUUUCAGGUAAACAGAUCGUUGAGACCGCUGAGCGUGUGGAAUGAAAUUUUUUUAACAAUUUUAUUUUCUACCUAUUCUGAUACUGUUACUCAUUUGCAAUGUUGUAAUGUGUACGCCUGCGCAGUGGUGCGGUGAAUAGCGGCAUUGGAAUCGUGCAUAGUAAUUAAAAAUCGGCUACACACAAAGUUAUUGAAGCAAACGUGCGCGAGUGGCGGUAGCUAGCGGCUGAUUGAAUUAUAUUUACUGAUAUACAUACAUUCACACAUACUUACAUACAUGCAUAAAUUCAUCUAUACAUGGCAAUAAAAAAGUAGCUUUAGCCAUGAUUUGUGUGACGUAGCGCAGGUUGCGUUUAUAAGCUAAACGAUUGAGUGUGUUUUAAUGAAUAGAAAUAAGAAGAAUAACGGUAAUUUGCCUGUCUUGAAAAAAAAACUAUUUUUUGUGAAUUUUUAAUUUUUACAUAUCUAUAAAUGUGCUCUGUAUGUAUAAUGUAAAUGGAUGCUAAGAUGAAAUGGCAUUUGGUGCAAACGAAUUAUUGAAGGGUGGUGCUCUUCGCGUUUUUAACUACAUCGCUUUAAUUUAUCGUAAGAAUAUUGAAUUCAAAUUAAUUGCCUAUCGGAAAUAUGCAAUCGCCGGCAAGUGCCACGCAGAGCAUAGAAUCAUUGCCUGCUACCAGCAGCAGCGAUGAAGAAUCCACCUUGGAUGCGAUACUUAUACGUUUGGGUGAAUUCGGACGCUUCCAGACUGUAAUACUCGUGCUAACCUGCCUGCCGGUGCUGUUCAAUUCCGUUUCGUCGAUCACAUACGUUUUCACAGCUGGCACUGUAGCGCACAGGUGCAACAUCACCGAAUGCGAUGGCCCACAAAGCGUCUACGAUGAGCCAUGGACGAAAUACGCCAUUCCUACGAAGAGUCGCGAACUAGAUCAAUGCCGACGUUAUGCACCCAGAGCAAUUACAAAUUGGACAACCCCACGCGAAGAUGAACAAUAUUGCGGGGCAGACAAUUUUGAUAGCGAGGUGGCACAGGAUUGUCCAAGCAAUAGCUUCAUAUUUCGCGAUGAAGAAGUGACGAUAUCGAAUGAUUUUGGCAUUUACUGCGAUGACGAAUGGAAGCUGACGUUGGCAGGUACGGUCAACAAUGUGGGACAAUUCGUUGGUAUACCACUCGGAGGGCUGAUAUCAGAUAAAUAUGGCCGUCGUAAUGCGCUCACACUUGGCGGCAUACUAAGCGCUAUAUUUGGCAUUUGGCGCUCUUUUACCACAGCCUUUGUGCCAUUUCUUAUUUUCGAGUUCCUAGACAACGUCGCCAAUAGUUCACUCUAUACUAUUUGCUUCAUCAUUGGCAUCGAGCUGGUGGGGCCGAGUAAGCGCGUGCUUGCUUGUAGCGUGAUUACAAUCUUCUAUGCCAUUGGUGAAAUAAUCUUGGCCGCAGUCUCGAUGUAUUUCCCGAAUUGGCGUAUUAUGCUACGGAUUUUGUACAUACCAGCACUAGCGAUUUUAUCCUACUACUGGAUACUGCCAGAGAGCGUACGUUGGCUACUUAGUCAGGAGCGUGAAACGGAAGCUACGGACAUAUUGAAGCGUGCAGCACGCACGAAUAAACGUCGACUGUCUGAUGCGACGCUGGAUAAAUUAAUAUUGGCGAAUCGUGAGAAGCUAAACACUCAGGGUGGCAGGCGUUUCCCUAUACGUGAGGCAUGUGGAAAAUUAUUUUUUCGUAUUGCAAACUGUUCGCUGAGUUGGGUAGUCAUUGUGCUUGUGUACUAUGGACUGAGCUUGAAUUCGGUGUUUUUGGGCGGCAACAAGUAUUACAAUUUCAUGUUGAUUGCGCUAGUGGAAAUUCCAGGCUUCUUCUUGCCAUGCCUAACAAUGGAUAGAUAUGGCAGGAGAUAUUCGCUCUGCGGUUAUAUGCUGCUCAGUGGCUUAUGUUGUUUGUGUACGGUGUUCGUGGCUUCAGAUCAGUAUUAUCUGCAACUGACCUUGUUUUUGGUGGGCAAAUUGUCCAUUACCGCAGCGUUCCAGGUUUUAUACUUUUUCACCUCGGAGAUAUUUCCAACGAAUCUGCGCAACAGUUUGAUGUCAUUUUGUUCGAUGGUGGGACGAUUUGGAGCGAUGGUGGCGCCACAAACUCCAUUGCUGACUAAAUACUAUGAAAAUGCACCAGCAAUACUAUUCGCGUUCUGUGCCUUACUUAGUGGCUGUCUAUCGCUGCUGUUUCCCGAAACCUCAAAUACGAUUUUGCCAACAACAUUACAUGAAGCGCAUAAAAUUGGCAACAAGAAACCUUCGAAGGAUCCAAAUAGCAGUACAAUUAACUUAGAAAAUGAGAACACUUACAUAUAAGAAAUAUGGUAUACCAUAAUAUUUAAAAGUAAACAGAACAAAGACGGGUAACUCUCAAUGAAACUAAAUUAUAAAAGUGAGAAUAUUUAAAGGAUAAUUAGUGGAGCACGAGGUGUGUUCAAAAAGUAUGGCGAAUUUUGUGUUUUUUUCGAAAAUUAUUUAUUUAUUCAUUAAUAUCUAUUUUGUCCCCUUCAAAGUAAUCCCCAUGAGAUAUUAUGCACUUGUGCCAACGUUUUUUCCAAACUUCGAAGCACUUCAAAAAAUCAUUUUUUUUUAUCUUGUUCCGCUCCUCCUUCGAUGCCGUUUUUAUCUCGUUAAUCGUAGCGUAGCGACGUCCUGGACCUCUUUCGGGAACAAGAAAAAGUCACAGGGGGCCAGAUCUGGGGAAUACGGUGGCUGUGGCAUCAUUAGUGUGUUGUUUUUGGCCAAAAAGUCGCGCACAAGCAACAAUGUGUGAGCAGGGGCGUUAUCGUGAUGCAAGAGCCAAUUUUUGUUCUUCCACAAAUCCGGGCGUUUCUGGCGGAUUGCUUCGCGCGAAUUGCGCAUAACUUGCAGGUAAUAUUCCUUAUUGACCGUUUUACUCUGUGGCAAGAACUCAUGAUGCACCAGACCCCUGCAAUCCAAGAAAACGGUAAGCAAAACUUUCGUGCGGCAGCUUCCUUUGAGAUGAUUGAGCUUUGGUUUCCGCGUCAUAACCAUAAACUCACGAUUCGUCACCAGUUAUGACCCUCUGGAGCAAAUUUGGGUCGUCACGGACAGAGUCCAACAUCUCAUUAGCAAUGUUCAUGCGAUGCUGCUUUUGGUCGAAAUUGAGCAGUUUUGGUACGAAUUUUGCGGCGACCCGUCUCAUGCCCAAAUCAUUGAAAAAAAUCGAAUGGCACCAGCCAAUCGAUAUGUCUAGGUCCUCAGCAACUUCUCUAACGGUGAUUCGACGAUUGGCCAAUACCAUUUUCUUCACUUCAUCAUUUUUUUCGUCUGUUGUGGAAGUGCUCCGACGUCCCGCACGUUUUUCGUCGUUCACAUCUUCUCGGCCUUCUGCGAACAUUUUGUACCACCGAUAAACGUUGCUUCUCCGUAUGGCACAGUCUACAUUCAGAAUGCAUCCGCGCACUUAAUUUCGUUUUUCACACAAAAUUUGAUACAGGUUCUUUGAUCCAUCUUUUUGAAUAGGUGAAAAUCGAUGACUAGCCGAAACACGUGCAAGCAAAGCAGCUGUGAACAAUUAACUGGAUAUUCAAAAUGGCCGAACUCGUCGGCAUGAGUGAGAGACAUGAGUACCAACAUAUCGCCAUGAAAAAAUGGAAAUUCGAAUAUACGUAACCCGCGAAAAUUCAAAAUUCGCGAUACCAUUGAACGCACCUCGUAUAGGCAAUUAAAGAAAUAUUUAAUAUGCAACUUGCCUGCUAGUCGAUAGUUCUGCAAGACUUAGAGUGAGAUAUAAUAUGCACCUUCGUUAAACUUCGAUGAAAAUAGUAGAUGACAUUUCCUCACAGGUGCAAAUGGAGUAGCUGCGUAGUAGGCCAAGAACAUAAGAGAGCUGUAAAAUGCUACCAACAUUUUUUUAGAUGAAGUUGGUAGUAACUUGAUAUUUAAGGAGCUCACACGUUACUAAAUAUUCUAAUAAUUUAAAAGCCGUAAAAAACUUCAGACUAGUCAAAAAUUGCAAAGUGCUAAGAUUAGUGAAUUGUUAGCAGGCAGGUAAUUCAUUAAUUGGCUGUUAGCCGUUUUCCAAUUUACAAGUUAUAUAAGGUUUACGCUUAACUACAGUUAAAUAAUGUCUUUAAAUUAGCCAAAUUGCGUGAAAUUAUUUUUUUAAAGUAGUUACUCACUUGCAAAAUGGAGUUAACAUAGCUUUUCUGGCCUAACAGGAAAUGUUAUGCUAACAGGGAUAGUCGAAUUUUUCAAGAUACUUUCAGGCUCAGCCCGAACUGCAAGCAAGCAAACAAAAGAGGAGUAAUUAAUUAAGUUUUGAAAGAAUUUAUAAAGAAUGAAUUCAUAGUUAUGGAAAUAUUAAAAAGAAUUACUGAUUCUUUUAUUUUUUAAUAUGUAAAUAUACGAGGUUACCGGAACAGACGUUCUAGACAUUAGUUAGGCAAUUUCUGAUUAAUUUGGUUACAUUUAAAUAAAAAAAUAUGUGAUUAUACAUAUAUAACUUUACAGCUUCGGAGAUAUUAGAUUUCAAAGAUGAGUUCAAAAAUUUUUGCUUAAAUAAAAUCACUUUUUUUUAAAUGUUA